AUGGCACUAAGCACAAAAGGCAAAGCACCUCAAACAGAACUAAAUGAGGAACUUAACAGUAGCUGGGCCGAAGUGAUGGAACACGAACAGGCCUCAAAAACUUCAUCUCCUCUUGAAAAAACAACUGUCAACGCCAACAACAACACUUCGGAAAAUUCAUUGAAUAUCUAUACAGAAGAUCGUAGAAAAAACCCGGCAGAUAGGGGAGAUAAUCAAUCACCCGAUCACCAGGUUCACAAUCACAAAAAUGAUGCUACUCAACCCAGUCUAGCUGAAGAGAAC